AUGAUGGGUAAGAUAGGAGUGACUAUGCUGGCAUUGACGGCGGUGCGGGGCUACUACGGCUACGUUCUUUUCAUGUGGCUGUACGGGGUGCUGUUAGGGGGCGCGCACUACGCCUUCCAGAUGCUGACCCUGGAGAAGGUCCGGGCCAGACACUUCUCGCGGGCAUGGGGAUACAUCCAAGGGUCCACGGCGCUGCCCAUACUGUUGGGAGUGCCUGUGACGGGUUACAUCAACGAGAGCAACCCGAAGAGCGGCUACUUCUUCGCAAGUCUCUUCUUGCUGGGCGGUGCCUCCUGCCUCUUCCUGCUGAACUACUUUCGUGAGCGGCUCUCGAAGCACGAUACCACCGUCUCCUUCACCACCGUGGACUCACACUUGGCACAUGACCCUUACGCGGUGCCUCUCGAAAACGGGGGCGGCGGGGCGACUGCGGGGGUCACUGGCAGCACCGGGAGCAGCAAAGCUCCAAUGCCCCCGCCACCGCAGCUCCCCCAAGCCCCUGUGUGCACCUGCGGCGCUGACUCCAACGCUCCGCCGCCUCCGCCAUCCCUGCAACCCCAAGGCAGCGGACAAGAACCCGCCAAGACCACGGCAGCAAUGAACAAGUUGGGCAAGACCAUCUCUUUCGCCACUUCGGUGGAUGUGAUGGAGCCACGGCUGAGGCCUGAGCUGCUCACCUGCAUCUCCGAAGAGGGGCUGCUAGACCACUACUACGACUACGUGGUGGACUGUGUGUCCGCCUGCCGUCACGAUGACGGCUUCUGCAGCGAGCGAGGAAGCGUGGACGGCGAGGCAGACGACGUCGACGGGGAGAUAAUGGAAAACCGCCUGCGCCACCAACACCAGCACCGCCCCCACGCCUCGCCACACCCCAGGUUUCGUGUGCACCUGCCGGCCGGGAGGCGCCUGGGCCAGGCCAGUGGUGUCAGCUUCAGCGAGCCCGAGGACUUGGCCAGACUGGGCCAGGGCGGCUGUGGGAGCGGGCAGCGGCUGGCCCACUCGUCCCCUGCCCACUACACCCACGAGUACACGCCCCCACCCCUCCCCGCCCCGAGGCCGCCCAUCCUUCGUCGUCAGCCACAGUCUUCACGCCCGCGACGUAACAUCACCGUCAUAGAGGAGAUGACCACCUCUGUGUGA